AUGCGACUUCGAGCUUCCCAAGCCGCCUUCGCGGUAUUUAUCGCCCUCGCGACAGCCCAUGAAUCCAUGGACAUGGACAUGGACAUGACACACAGCGCGCCCAAGCCAACGGCCACCCAUGCAAAUUCCGACGGUCCGAUGAGUUACUUUGCCUAUGGAAAACACUCCAGCUCCAUCAUAGCCCAUAUCGUGCUCAUGGUUGCAGCUUGGUGUUUCGUCCUUCCUGUCGCCGUUAUGCUCAGUGUUGCACGCUCCCGGCUCGCGCUUCCCUCUCAGUUCCUAUUCACGGUCAUUAAUGCUUUCGGCCUCCUUCUCGGCAUCAUCUUCAAUGACCAAACACCAGACCUAUACGCGAACAAUGCUCACCACAAGAUCGGAUGGGUCGCUAGCAGCGUGAUCUUUGUUCAAGUGCUCCUGGCUUUGCUGUUCACUCUUGCUGGCCGCGGCGAGUCAUCCCAGGUCUCUUAUGACCAUGGUGAACAUGCUGCUUUCUUGCCCGUUGCGACGGAUGAUCAUGAUGACCGCUACCGGAUCCAUGAGCACCGCUGGUCUCGGGACAGUGGACAGGGGACGGAAAGCAACUCCUCGAUACACAGCCCCGGGUCUCCCUCGGAGUCGCAUGCCGGCUACGAUGGGUUUGAGAAGCCCGAGAUGCCCAAGUUUGCACCUCGCAGAUGGGACAGUCGCGUUAGUCAAUUCUUGUCCCAGCGUUUGCCUGGCCUGGUUUCUGGCUCGCUCCAUCGAGGACUCAGGGUUGUAUAUGAUGUCAUUGACCGGAUCAUCCUUCCCUUUGGAUUUGCGGCCCUUGCUACUGGCGCUGUUACAUAUGGCGGCAUCAUGCGAGGACGCGACGUCUUCAAUGGACUUGCCCACUUCAUCAAGGGUGGCAUCUUCUUCUGGUACGGUGUUCUCACCUUAGGCCGUUACAUGGGCUGCUGGGCCGAUCUCGGGUGGGCAUGGAACAAGAAACCUUCUGCGUCCAUUGUUGGCUGGAAGUCCAAAGUCCCUACCGGCGAAGCGACAGAGUCCUUUGUCAUCUUCCUAUACGGUAUCACGAACGUUUUCCUGGAACAUUUGUCCAACGCCGGGCAGGCAUGGUCUCCUACCGACCUGGAGCAUGUUUCGAUCUCCGUGCUUUUCUUCGGCGGUGGCCUGGCCGGUAUGCUUUUCGAGUCUACUCGUAUUCGCGACUGGCUGAAUAGCACCGUGCUUCAAGCCCCGGCUCAUGAGGACUCGGAUGAGGCCUGGCAACUGCCCCGAUCCCAGGGUGUGUCUUUGAACCCAAUGCCACCUCUCAUUAUCCUGUUGCUGGGAAUGAUGAUGGGGUCACACCAUCAAGACAGCAUGACAUCGACUAUGGUACACAAGCAGUGGGGUAACAUGCUGGUUGGAUUUGCGCUGGCCCGGGGUAUGACAUAUGUCCUGUUGUAUCUCAAGCCACCGACCUCGUACCUCCCGGCUCGUCCCCCAACCGAGAUCAUUGCAUCGUUCUGUUUGAUCUCCGGAGGUCUCAUCUUCAUGUUGAGUACCCGCAAUGUCAUCGAGACGAUGGAAUUCUACCAGGUGGACGCCAUGUUCACCUUCACCGUCGGACUAGGCUUUACUGCUUUCGUCAUGUCCUAUGAGGUCUUGGUGAUCGCUCUCAAGGCCUGGUCCGUCAAGCGUACUCAGCGCCCACGACUCAACUUCCGAUUUCCGUGA